AUGAAGCGCGAUGCCAUCCUCCAGUUCGCAACGCUUUGCUACUCAAUAUUUGUCUCUGGUUGGAACUACGGUACUCUGGGUUCCUUGCUCCCACGUCUUCAAGCAGUAUAUCAUGUGGGGUAUACCAGCGUAUCUCUGAUAUUCAUGAUCAGUUGUCUGGUCAUCGUCGUCGCCUCUAUCUCCAUGAUGGUCGGCUACUGCCUGGAGGCGGCUGCUAAUGCUGGCACAAACGCCUUUCUCGCAAGUCUCAGCGUCGGAAAAGCCUCCACUAGGAUGGGCAUCCUCCAUGCCAGCUAUGGUUUGGGUGCAAUGACAGCCCCGCUUGUGGCGGCACAGUUCUCGGGGCUUCCCCGGUGGUCAUUCGUCUAUUUCACGCACCUUGGCAUCGCGUCGAGUGCUGCACUAUUGCAGUCGGCUAUCUUCCGUUUAAGGACACAAGAGCACUGCUGGCAAGAUUGCGGACGGCCUCCACCAGAGCAGGAUUCGGAUGGGUGGUUGGCACGAUACAAAAAGGUGUUCCGCCUACGUGCGGUACACCCCAUGGCGCUUUUCUCCUUCAUGUACGGUGGGCAUGAAGUCACUGUCGGCGGCUGGAUUGUUACGUACAUCAUCAAGCAGCGCCAUGGUGGACACAGCGCUGGAUACAUUUCCUCGGGUUACUUCGGAGGCCUGAUGCUUGGGCGCAUCGCUCUGCUUCCCGUUAGCAAAUUUGUCGGCGAAAGACGUGUUGUUUUUGUCUACAUCUGCUCAGUCAUCGGACUCGAACUUAUAGUCUGGCUCGUCCCCAAUUUGUUUUCAGGUGCAGUCUGUGUCUCGUUUGUCGGCUUCUUCCUGUGGACCAUCUUCCCCAUACUCAUGAACCACGCCGGGCGCGUCCUCCCGCCCGACUGCAUCUCCGGCGCCAUUGGAUGGGUUGGCAGUUGGGCCUCUGUCGGGGCCGCCGUAUUCCCCUUUCUCACGGGGGCGAUCGCGUCCAAAGCAGGGAUCGGGGCUUUGCAGCCUGUCUUGAUUGCGAUGAUGAGCCUGCUGUUCAUCAUAUGGAUUAUUGUCCCUGGCAAGCGGGAGCAGCUCGUUUGA